AUGUUCCUGUCAUUUUACGGCGGCCACUUUUUAUCUUUCUCUUCCCAACUAACCCUCGUUCAUCAAAUUCCAUCACGCCUUCCUCAAUUUAUUUCUUUUACAGAUUCUUCCAUUUUUCUUUUGCAGAUUCACUUAAACCAUAUUUCUUCCCUCAAUUUUCUCAGUAUUUUUUGUGGGUCAUGGAGUGUCUUCUUUCAUUUUUCAUUCUUUUCUCUUUUUCCGGUUAUAAUCUUCUUUUUACAUAUUCUUCUCUUCUGUAACUGUCAUAAUCCAUAUUCUCUUCGUUUCUUCUUAGUCAGCAUCUCAACGACCUGCAACUCGGUAAAUAUUAAAAAUAUGUUAUCAAAUUCUUCGUUUUCCUUCAUUCCCUAUCUUUUCUUCUUUUUUUAUUUCCUUUCUUUCGUAUUUAUCCCUUUUUCCUUUUUUUUUUUCUUUUUUCAUCUAUCAUUCGUGUUCACAUUCAUUUAUCAAUUCUUCUUGUUUCCUUAUCCUGCUAUCACUUUUCAUCUUUCUCAUUCAUCCUCAUCUUCGAAUUCUUCAUCCAAUACUGCUUUCUCCCUAACUCUAUCACAGUCUUACCAGGCAAUACAUUCAUGUACCAACAUUGAUUGA